AGAAGAAGAAGAAGAAGAAGAAGAAGAAGAAGAAGAAGAAGAAGAAGAAGAAGUUUUGGCGCGCUGGUGGAUGUAAACAAAGAUGUUUUGUUGCGGACAGGAUGAUCCGCCUCAUGUGAAGAUGAAAGUGUUCGGAGGGAAACAACCGGAGUAGAGCUGAAGGUUAUAAUGGCGGGUCGGGGUCGUGGGCGGGGCCGGAGGAUGAUGACGUUCAGUGUGGAGGCGGUCGGCAUCAACAGAGGAGACAGUUUACCUCCAUCCAUCCAACAGCCCACUCCUCUGUUUCCUGUGAUGGAGCAGAAGCCCCUCCCCCUGACAGGAGGUGAGGAGGCGGAGUAUCUGUUAGCUCUAAAACAGGAGUUCAGAGGAGCUAUGAAGAGUCUGCCCUGCUUCAUCCAACCAGCUGCUGCACUCAGAGAUGUGGAGAGAUACUCUGAUAAAUAUCACAGCAGCGAGCAGACGGACGCACUGACGGAGUGGACACCAGAUUGGAAAAAAUUCCCCAAAGAACUCAGAGUCCACGUAAAGAAGGCUGCCAGGAUGGGCGUCUCAGCAGCAGUCAGUUACUCUGACAGAGUUCAGUCAUCUCAGAAGAAGAACAAAGUCAAAGACAAACAGGAGGUGCUUCUCAAACUUGAGACUCUGGAGAAGAAGGAGGAGCAGGGGAGCUCCGGGGAGGAGGAGGAGGAGGAGGAAGAGGGAGAAGAGAAGAAGAAGAAGAAACAGGAGGAGGAGGAGGCUGAGGGAGAGGAGGAAUACGACGAGGAAGAGUUUGAGGAGGAGACAGAUUACGUCAUGUCUUACUUUGAUAACGGGGAGGAGUUUGGAGGCGACAGUGAUGACAACAUGGACGAGGCUAUUUACUGAAACACCAGCACUCAACACGCACGUGUCCAUUUUGAUAUCAACCUUCAUCACUUCUCAUGUGUCGGUGUGCAGAGAAACCGUCCAGCAGCUUUUUGACUUUUUAACUGUUUUAUAGAAACACUCAAUGUUUCUGUUGACGUCAGAGAGACAUGACGUCUGAGACGCGCGACGUCAUCAGACACAUGACGACAGAGAGAUGUGACGUCAGACUGCCACUCUGAAAUGUUUUAUAAGAUUUUGUAUCAAGUUUUAUCAUUGUUGUAGAGAGAAGUGACUUCAAUGUUUGUUCUGCUGGAUAAUAAAGUGCAGCUACAGUAGCUCAGCAGGUAGAGCAGGUA